CUCACCCGUUCCAUCCCUCUAAUUUUUGCGUCCAAGUAAUGGCUGAUAUUGAGACUAAGGGUCCCCAGAACGGUGGUUACUAUGAUUCUUCAGCGCCCUCUCCCCAUCUCCGCAAGUUGGCCAACCCUGCUCCUUUGGGUCUCUUCUCCUUCGCCUCGACGACUUUGAUCCUUUCUUUCGUCAACGUUCAGGCUCGUGGCGUUACAGAGCCUAACAUCGUUGUCGGUAUGGCCUUAGGAUGUGGCGGUCUUGCUCAACUUCUUGCUGGGAUGUGGGAAUUCGCAUGUGGGAAUACAUUCGGUGCUACUGCCUUUUCAUCUUAUGGUGCCUUCUGGAUUAGCUAUGCUUUGAUCUUCAUUCCUGGUACUGGAAUCCUGGAGGCUUAUGCUGAACCCAAGCACGCACACGACCUUGACAAUGCCGUUGCAUUCUAUCUGACCGCCUGGUUCAUCUUCACUUUCUGCAUGUUCCUCGCCUCACUCCGCUCAUCUGUGGCCAUUGCCGCUCUAUUCUUCUUCCUUGACAUGACGUUCAUGUUGUUGAUGAUCGGAGCAUACAUCACUUCCGAGAAGUGCACAAAAGCCGGUGGUGGACUUGGUCUCGUCACGGCUGCCAUCGCGUACUACGCCGCCGCUUCUGGGUUGAUGACUCCUGAGGCUUCGUACUUUGGCUUGCCUGUAAUCGACCUGCCCAAGUACCGCUCUGCGUAAGGGUUGGACCUUUUUUUUUUGGAUUGGGAUUUGUUAGGGGCGUGUGUGUCUGUGUCUGUGUGUCCGUGCGAUGUGGUUUUGAAGACUUGGAGUGGUUGUCUGCAUGUUAUCCCACUUCUGAUGGACGUCCCCUUCCGAGUGUCCCGCAUUGG